UAUUAGAGACUUCAACAGUAGCCGGUGAUCCAUAAUCCCAUUCUCUCCUUACAAAAUUAUCAAAAUUCAAAACUCUCUCUCUCCUCUCUUUUCUUCUAUUCUCUCCUGCGGAAAGUCCAUUCUCAGAUCCCAAGAAAGGGUUUCACAGAGAACAAGAAAACUGCCUGCUUUACAUCCAAAACCCUACAGACAUACACUGAAACAUCUGUGUAUGUGUGGUCCUCAACCCUAACUUUUCCUUUUCCCUAUUCACAAUUCCUCUUCUUUUCUCUUCCUUCUUUGCUCCCCAUCAUUUCUACUCUCCUCCUCACUCCUUUGAGAGAGAGAGAGAGAGAGAGAGAGAGAGAGAGAGAAAUUCAAGAAAUGCAGCAAGAACAUGGGCUUGGGAUGGGCAUGGGAUUGAUGGGUGGUGGUGGUGCGGGUCCCAUGUUGAGGCCCAUCGACGAGAUUGCAUCGUCAGAGCAGCAACGACAAUUAAAGGCUGAGAUCGUUAGCCACCCGCUCUGCGAACAGCUGCUAGCUGCCCACGUCGGCUGCCUCCGCGUCGCCACACCGAUGGACCAUCUCCCUCUCAUUGAUGCCCAGCUCGCUCAGUCGCAUCAUCUCAUCCGUUCAUACCAAUCUCAACACCAUCAGAUGAUCCUCUCCCCUCACGAGAAGCAAGAUCUUGACAACUUCCUGACACAAUAUCUAGUGGUGCUGUGUUCGUUCAAAGAACAGCUUCAGCAGCACGUCCGAGUGCAUGCUGUUGAGGCCGUCAUGGCCUGCCGCGAGAUUGAACAGUCCUUCCAAGCUCUCACCGGAGUUAGCCUCGGCGAAGGAACAGGUGCGACGAUGUCCGAUGAUGAAGAUGAAUUGCAGAUGGAUUGUGCAUUAGAUAUCGGCUCAGAUGGAAACGACAUGAUGGGAUUUGGCCCACUGAUUCCGACGGAAUCGGAGCGAUCAUUGAUGGAAAGAGUUAGGCAUGAACUGAAGAUUGAAUUGAAACAGGGAUUUAAAUCAAGAAUUGAAGAUGUAAGGGAGGAGAUACUGAGAAAGAGAAGGGCCGGAAAGUUGCCUGGCGACACGACAUCGGUCUUGAAGAACUGGUGGCAACAACAUUCAAAAUGGCCAUACCCAACAGAAGAAGACAAGGCGAAACUAGUCGAGGAGACGGGUUUGCAGCUAAAACAAAUCAAUAACUGGUUUAUCAACCAAAGAAAGCGAAACUGGCACAGCAAUUCUCAAUCCAUGACGGCUUUAAAGUCAAAGCGCAAACGGUAGAUCGAUAUUUCUCAUUUCUUUCCACACAUUGAAUGAGAAAUCAGAGGUGUACAUUUUGCAGGUAGUAGAUGUUGUAUAAGUACAAGGAUGAAUGAUUCGAGCCAAACAUCGAAACAACCCAUCUGGCCUUGUCUGAAAUAUCGAAAUUUCAGCUUGAAUAUAGAAAAUGUAAUGAGGAAUGUUACUUGCAGACGCGCAGCUGCUGCUGCUAAACCCAGAUGCUACACCAUGUGCAAGAUCAGGCCAGUCUCGUCAUCAGGUGGGGCAUGCAUGUAUGCCGAAUAUGGACCAUUGGUUCGACCUUUUCGACUGUCAUUUCUUGUAUGAAUAUGUGGUUUUGAUGAGCAGAAUUUCAUAUUUGUUGGGCCAGGGCAUAUUAAUCAUGUGGUCCACUUGAUGAAGAGCUUGAAUUCGUGCACGUUUGCCAUGUUGGCAUGUCUGGGGACUAGAGAUGCAUGUCUGCAAAUCGCAUUCCUUGAAUGUAAUAUAUGUGCUUACAUUGUCAUAUGUAUUCAGGUUUCUGUAUAAAGAUUUUAGGUCACUGAAUAUAGUCCAUAGAUCAUCAUGUCCACAAA